CCUCUCCCCAACUCGCCUCCCUCCUUGCAACAAGUUUGACAGCUCCGCUUCUUUCAGCGGCUGGCUGUCCUCCCGUGGACGUGUCCCCGGUGUGUCCCUCUCGGCCGGCGUCGUUUGCGUUUGGCGUGUGUGCGCGUCGCGUCUCCUGCUGGACAUAAGGAGUUUCAUUUUGUCCGUAGGUUUGGUCACUUCCCCCCCCCUGCCCCCCCUCCACCUGUUGGAUUUUUUUCUGUUUUGCUGAGAGGAGAAGAGGAGGUGGAAGAGGGGUGUUUUGGCAAGCGUGGUUUUGUUAUUUUUAUUUUAUUCACGGCGGUAGUGAGAGGAUCUGAAGGACGAGAUGUCGCGGAACGUGGAGGAGGUGACCAAGCUCACCGAGAGCACGUACAAGAGCGUGAUGGACCAGUUCAACCCGGGACUCAGGAACCUGGUCAACCUGGGCAAGAACUAUGAGAAAUCCGUGGCUGCAAUGAUCCUGGCGGGGAAGUUGUAUUUCGAUGCAAUGUCUAAGAUCGGGGAGAACGCUGCGGUGUCCCCUGUGUCCAGAGAAUUAGGUGUGGUGCUCAUGGACAUCUCAGAAGUCCACAAGAAGGUUAAUCUGGAGCUGGAGGAAAAUUUUAAGAGGUUCCACAGGGACAUAAUAUCCGAGCUGGAGAAAAAGACUGAGAUGGAUGUCAAAUACAUGACAGCCACGUUUAAGAGGUUCCAAAUUGAGCACAGGAUGAAGCAGGACAGUCUGGAGAGAUCCCAGGCGGACCUGAAGAAGCUGAGGAGGAAGAGCCAAGGCAAGAACGCCAACAAGUACGAGAACAAGGAGAGCGAGUGCCUGGAAACGUUGACAAGCCGUCAGAUGGACAUGCAGCUGUUCAUCGCCGAGGGCUGUAAGGAGGCUCUGGUGGAGGAGAAGAGACGCUUCUGUUUCCUGGUGGACAAACACUGCAUGUUCUCCUACCAGUUUGCCUCCUUCCACGAGAAGGCCAGAGACUUGCUGACGACAAAGCUGAACAGCUGGCAGGACCAGUGCAGCGACACCUCCGACAUGCCCGAGAGUAUCCUGUCCAUGAUCGAGGGACUGCAGACGCCCAUCCCCAUCACACCUCUGCCCUCCCCCUCCCCGUCGCGGCACAGCGUGAACACGAGCGCUCCUCCGGCCCCGCCUCUCAAGGCUCACACCAGUCCUCUGGCUAACAUGUUCACCCAGGAGAACAACAUCACCACUGCAACCAGAACUACCAACAACAGCAUAGCCCUCCUCACCGCUCUCCCGUCCUGUCUCCCAGACCACGAGGACAACAACCUGGCCAGGUGCGUGUCCGUCGCCACGGGCCUCAACAACAUGGUGAAGAGGCCGCGAGUGCGCACCAUCUUCCCCCACACUGCCGGCAGCAACAGCACGCUGAUCAGCUUCGAGGAGGGGGACGUCAUCACGCUGCUCAUCCCCGAGGAGAGGGACGGCUGGAUGUACGGCGAGCUGGAGAAGAGCGGAAAGAGGGGCUGGUUCCCUUCCUCUUACUGCCGCGCUCUCUCCGAGCCUGCCGUGAAUAACAACAGCGUGUCUGCGGGACCGCACCGCAGCAGAAGCGUGGUCAACCUCCACCAUCAGGACUCGGAGACAGACGAGGCGACCAUGGUGCUCCCGCCGGCGGACUACAGCGGCGUCCUGCUGCGCAACGCCGCGAAGACCAACAGCAGCAGCAGCAGCGGCGCCGCCCAAAACUACAUCCACCGGCACUCCCCUACGCUCUCUGCGGCCUCCUCGUCCUCGUCUGAUCCCCACACGGCGUUGCAAUCAAACGGCACCUCGAGACCUCAGCCUGCUUACCUCGCGGGAGGGAACCCGUUCGCCACCGUCCGGCUACGCCCAACAGUCACCAACGACCGCUCGGCGCCGGUCGUCUGAUCGGCCUUCAGCUUCUCGUCAGCCUUCCGGUGUCAUCUAGCGGGAGGCCUGUGCGGCGCCGGCCCUGCGGUUACCGCGCAGCAGCGUCUGCUGGUCUGGAACCAGACAGAACUUGGCCAGCGCAAGAGACAACAAAGAAAAAUGCCACUUGAAUCUGGGAUCCCUUCGCUGCUGCAAACUCUCACAUUGAAGUGUUUUCGCACCGUUUUAUUUUCCAAUACAGAUGCUCACAAAUUUAUUAUAUAUACAGAUAUAUAUAUAUAUAUACAUUCUAUUUUUGUGGAGGUGAUGUUAGGAGGGCCACAUUUUACCUGCCCUUGAGAAACGGAUGAAUGAAAACGGUCGUAGGAAAUACUGCGAGGUAUUUGUGCUGUUGAUGUUGCUUGUUCAUCAUCAAAAUGACUGUUGGAAAUCGUUUUCUUUUGCCACAGGAUAGUCGAACGUACUUUAGAGGCCCUCUUCAUUUCACCUUUGGGUCCUUUGUAAAAUGUUGCGUUUUAAGGUCAAUGCUAUGAUGUUGCCGCAAGGAGACUUUGAAGAGAUGCCUCCAAAAGCCUUUAGUCCCUUUUGUAUAUACAUUUGCGCGAACAGAUGCUAUGACUAUUGUAUUUUGCCAUGUAGACAGGACUUUUGCCCUUAAUGACACAAACAUAACUACUGUAAAAGAUAUUGGUUGUCACUUAUGGCGAUGUCGUCAUUCCUGCUUUAAUCAUUGCUCUUGCAAUUUUAAGACCAGUCUGUACUUGUUUUCAGCCCCAAUUUGCUGUAUGAAAAAUAAAGAUUAUUUAAAAUAAAUAAUUAUUUCUUCAAAAUGCUGCUU